CCCGGUGCCGCAGGACAGAGGAAGCGCGCCGCGGCCCUGCUCCUCAGCCUUCGCCCGGGCUUUUCUCAGCCCCAGACACCGAGCACCUGUCCUCCGCCUCGGCCUCAGCUGAGACCCCUCCACCGGAGCACACGCUGCCCCUGCAGCCCAAGAAGUGCCCAGCCCUACGCCGGCGACCACCAUGGCCGAGACCAACAACGAAUGUAGCAUCAAGGUGCUCUGCCGAUUUCGGCCCCUGAACCAGGCCGAGAUUCUGCGGGGGGACAAGUUCAUCCCCAUUUUCCAAGGGGACGACAGCGUCGUUAUUGGGGGGAAGCCAUAUGUCUUUGACCGUGUAUUCCCCCCAAACACGACUCAGGAGCAAGUCUAUCAUGCGUGUGCCAUGCAGAUUGUCAAAGAUGUCCUUGCUGGCUACAAUGGCACCAUUUUUGCUUAUGGACAGACAUCCUCAGGGAAAACACAUACUAUGGAGGGAAAGCUGCAUGACCCCCAACUGAUGGGAAUCAUUCCUCGAAUUGCCCGAGACAUCUUCAACCACAUCUACUCCAUGGAUGAGAACCUUGAGUUCCACAUCAAGGUUUCUUACUUUGAGAUUUACCUGGACAAAAUUCGUGACCUUCUGGAUGUGACCAAGACAAACCUGUCUGUGCACGAGGACAAGAACCGGGUGCCAUUUGUCAAGGGUUGUACCGAACGCUUUGUGUCCAGCCCAGAGGAGAUUUUAGAUGUGAUUGACGAGGGGAAAUCCAAUCGUCAUGUGGCUGUCACCAACAUGAAUGAACACAGCUCUCGAAGCCACAGCAUCUUCCUCAUCAACAUCAAGCAGGAGAAUAUGGAGACUGAGCAGAAGCUCAGUGGGAAGCUGUAUCUAGUGGACCUGGCAGGGAGCGAGAAGGUGAGCAAGACUGGAGCAGAGGGAGCUGUGCUGGACGAGGCCAAGAAUAUCAACAAGUCCCUGUCGGCCCUGGGGAACGUGAUCUCCGCGCUGGCUGAGGGCACUAAAACCUACGUUCCAUAUCGUGACAGCAAAAUGACACGGAUUCUCCAGGACUCCUUGGGAGGAAACUGCCGGACAACUAUGUUCAUCUGCUGCUCACCAUCCAGCUUCAACGAUGCGGAGACCAAGUCCACCCUGAUGUUUGGGCAGCGGGCAAAGACCAUUAAGAACACUGCCUCAGUGAAUCUGGAGUUGACUGCAGAGCAGUGGAAGAAGAAAUAUGAGAAGGAAAAGGAGAAGACAAAGGCUCAGAAGGAGACGAUUGCAAAGCUGGAGGCUGAGCUGAGCCGGUGGCGCAGUGGAGAGAACGUGCCUGAGACGGAGCGCCUGGCUGGGGAAGAUGCCGCCCUGGGAGCCGAGCUGUGUGAGGAGACGCCGGUGAACGACAACUCGUCCAUCGUGGUGCGCAUCGCGCCCGAGGAGCGGCAGAAGUAUGAGGAGGAGAUCCGCCGCCUCUACAAGCAACUGGAUGACAAGGAUGACGAGAUCAACCAGCAGAGCCAGCUCAUAGAGAAGCUCAAGCAGCAGAUGCUGGACCAGGAAGAGCUGCUGGUGUCCACUCGAGGAGACAACGAGAAGGUCCAGCAGGAGCUGAGCCACCUGCAGUCGGAGAACGACGCGGCGAAGGACGAGGUGAAGGAAGUGCUGCAGGCCCUGGAGGAGCUGGCCAUGAACUACGACCAGAAGUCCCAGGAGGUGGAGGAGAAGAGCCAGCAGAACCAGCUUCUGGUGGAUGAGCUGUCUCAGAAGGUGGCCACCAUGCUAUCCCUGGAGUCUGAGCUGCAGCGGCUACAGGAGGUCAGUGGCCACCAGCGAAAACGAAUUGCUGAGGUGCUGAAUGGGCUAAUGAAGGACCUGAGUGAGUUCAGUGUCAUCGUGGGCAACGGGGAGAUUAAGCUGCCGGUGGAGAUCAGUGGGGCCAUCGAGGAGGAGUUCACCGUGGCCCGACUCUACAUCAGCAAAAUCAAAUCGGAAGUCAAGUCUGUGGUCAAACGGUGCCGGCAGCUGGAGAACCUCCAGGUGGAAUGUCACCGCAAGAUGGAAGUGACCGGGCGGGAGCUCUCAUCCUGCCAGCUCCUCAUCUCCCAGCAUGAGGCCAAGAUCCGCUCCCUUACGGAGUACAUGCAGAGUGUGGAGCUCAAGAAGCGGCACCUGGAAGAGUCCUAUGACUCCCUGAGCGAUGAGUUAGCCAAGCUCCAGGCCCAGGAAACUGUGCAUGAAGUGUCCCUGAAGGACCAGGAGCCAGACACACAGGACACAGAUGACGUGAAGAAGGCCCUGGAGGUGCAGAUGGAGAGCCACCGGGAGGCCCAUCACCGGCAGCUGGCCCGGCUCCGGGAUGAGAUCAACGAGAAGCAGAAGACCAUCGAUGAGCUCAAAGACCUGAAUCAGAAGCUCCAGUUAGAGCUGGAGAAGCUUCAGGCUGACUACGAGAAGCUGAAGAACGAAGAACAUGAGAAAAGCACCAAACUCCAGGAGCUGACAUUUCUGUACGAGCGACACGAGCAGUCCAAGCAGGACCUCAAGGGUCUGGAGGAGACAGUUGCCCGGGAACUCCAGACCCUCCACAACCUUCGCAAGCUGUUCGUUCAAGACGUCACGACUCGAGUCAAGAAAAGUGCAGAAAUGGAGCCCGAGGACAGUGGGGGGAUUCACUCCCAGAAGCAGAAGAUUUCCUUUCUUGAGAACAACCUGGAACAGCUUACAAAGGUUCACAAACAGGUGGAAGACUGGGUUUCAAAGCUGGUACGUGACAAUGCAGAUCUGCGUUGUGAGCUUCCUAAAUUGGAAAAACGACUUAGGGCUACGGCUGAGAGAGUUAAGGCCCUGGAGGGUGCACUGAAAGAGGCCAAGGAGGGCGCCAUGAAGGACAAGCGCCGGUACCAGCAGGAGGUGGACCGCAUCAAGGAGGCUGUGCGGUACAAGAGCUCCGGCAAGCGGGGCCAUUCUGCCCAGAUUGCCAAACCCGUCCGGCCUGGCCACUACCCAGCGUCUUCACCCACCAACCCCUAUGGCACACGGAGCCCUGAGUGCAUCAGUUACACCAACAGCCUCUUCCAGAACUACCAGAAUUUGUACCUGCAGGCCGCACCUAGCUCCACCUCAGAUAUGUACUUUGCAAACUCCUGCACCAGCAGUGGGGCCACAUCUUCUGGUGGCCCCUUGGCUUCCUACCAGAAGGCCAACAUGGACAACGGAAAUGCCACCGAUAUUAAUGACAACAGGAGUGACCUGCCCUGCGGCUACGAGGCUGAGGACCAGGCCAAGCUGUUCCCUCUCCACCAAGAGACAGCAGCCAGCUAAUCCCCCACGUGGACUGCUGCAUACCUGCACUUUCAGUUUCUAAGAGGGACUGAGGCCUCUUCUCUCAGCAUGCUGCAAACCUGUGGUCUCUGAUACUAACUCCCUCCCCAGCCCUUGUUGUUCGACUGUACCAUGUUUGAUGUCUUCUCUUACUCUGUACCUCUUUGUACUCUGUAUCUAUAUAUCAAAAGCUGCUGCUAUGUCUCCCUCUUCUCUCUGUCUUACUCUCUAGUAUCUAACGAUGUAUUUAGCAAUUUCUAAGCAUAGUAUCCCCUCCUCGUUUGGGGCCAUAGGGAGGAGGGGCAGUGUUUCUUCUUCCUCUCAUAUAUGCGUCUCUCACACUGAGUGGUGUUAGUCACGGAGAUGAUAAAAGGAAAACGGGAGCCAGAGGGCUGUGACCCUUCCCAUACACAAGUACACACGCACACAUGCACGUACACGAAGCCUUAAGCAGAAGAAUGUCUUAGCAUCAUAAGAAGACACAGAAAUAGACUCUUCCUCCCUCCUCUUCCAUAUUUAGCACAGGGGAGGGUAACAUGGAAGGCCUGCUAAAUUAGACAGAGAGUUUUCUUCAGACACCCCUCACCCGAACGGAGGGAUUCCGGGCGUGCACCUCUGCCCUCCCAAGUCGGCCGUUAGCCUCCCUUUUCCUGUUCCGCCUGGACAACCAAGAACAUGGACUGCUCAAGGGACCGCUUCCCUUCCUCCUCAAAACUCCUUUUGAUAUUCUCUACCUGAGAGCUCAUGACCAGAACCAAGAGCUGCUGAAAAUAUUUUGAAAAAUGACAGGGGCAGACCGUUCCCAGCUUGUCUGUCCAUGGUGAUACUUACAGCCAAGUGUCAGCAAAACAGCUGCUUCUUUGGCUUUGGGGGGUAAACAGGCUGGAAAAUUCCCAAGUAUUUUUUGCCACAGUGAUGAGCUGGAUCCUUUCUCUGUCCCAUAUUGGGCUGCAUGCUCCUCCCAUCUCCACCUUUUGGUUUGAGGGCUUCCAGUUCAUUGGCCAAAUACCUGUCUCGAAAUGCCUUCCUUUCAACCUGGAGCCUGACUUUUCCCUGAUAUACAUUUAAAAAAUUUAUUUCCACAAAGAAUUCCUUCUAUAUUGUCCCCAUCUGGCAUUAAGUGCACUUUAAAGAAAGGGGCUGGGCAGAUUUUCCAGAGGUGGAGGAGCCCAAGGGCUUAACCUGAGGGGCUCCCCCCUCCCCAUAUAAUUGAUAGGACUGUUGUUUUGGUUUCUUGUCCUUUCCCACCACAUGGUGCUAAGGUGGCUUUCCAGGUAACUGCAGGGAUAGAGAGUGGAGGUCACAAGCCAGUCCAAAUCAAGAAAGAAAGUCUGGUGUCCAGAGAGCCAGUCUCAUCUGGGAUGGAAGUACAGGGCAGCAGGGCAACCCAUCCCCCAGCUUCUAAGUCAGGAAAGGAAGCUCAGUGUGAGUGCCAGCCAGUAAAUACAGGCUGUGUUGGCCCGUGACUCCUUCAAGGGAAAAAGUCCCUUCUCCCUUUACCUGUUGGGCCCCUUUUGGCAAUUAAGGAGAAAUGCAGGGCAAAAAAGAAAAAAAACAAAACAAAAAAACCAGAGGGAUGUGGAAUAAAUCCAAGGUGGUGGUAUUCAAACAUUUUUCAAAAUCAGUCUUAUAUAAAACCCUGAUAUAAAAAACAACUAGAAGUGAUGCAGACCUGGGUAGUCUGCAUUUUUGUUAUUUGGUGGAAGAUGCUUCACUAGUUGAAGAGCCCUUGAACAGCCCUAAGAGACCCUGAGGGUUCUUUAGAGUAGUUUGAAAACCAUUCAAUCUGGCUCCCCUCCCCCAGGCCCGCAACUCACAGCGAAGAGGGCAGGGGUUGGGUAGACCAAGCCACGCUGUCUCCAGACCCAAGGGGAGAGGAAGGAAGAUGGCUGCGCACCUGCAGACUUGUGCUCGUAUUGGCCAGCAGGGCACCCAAGAAUCCAGUGGGCUUUAUGUAAUCUUGCCACCAAAUGAUUCUUUUAAAACAUAAGAAAAUGGGAAGGUGUAGGCCAGGGGAGGAGAGAGGUGACAGAGGGAGCAGUCUUCUCUUCAGCAAGAUGUAAGGGAAAUACAAUUCACUUACAUAAAUAAGAAACAACACACACACAAAGCCUUCACCAGAAGCUUCACUCUCCAUCCUUCUCCUCCUCCCUACCCCCCACCCCCCCCCACCACCACAUUCCUUUCAGAGAGCCAGGGUCACCACAAGGGACACUUGGCCUGCCCACUCACAUCUGCCAAAAUAUUGCAUGCCAGUGUGGAAGACAGACCAAACCGCACAAACCCCAGUGUGUAUUUACUUGAUGUACAUAGAUACCUUUAAAAUAAAAUAAAUUCAAUGAUGACUCCAA